AUGCAUGUCACAUAUCAGCAGGCUCAGCCUAUCAAUAGAGCAACUUGGGGCGGUAAAUUCGAGUUUGUUCUCUCCUGCAUCAGCUAUGCCGUCGGACUUGGUAAUGUCUGGCGAUUUCCCUAUCUCUGUCACAAGAACGGCGGUGGUGCCUUUCUGCUACCCUAUCUGGUGAUGUUGGCUCUUGUGGGUCUGCCGCUUUUCUUCCUCGAAUUCGCUUUCGGACAGUUUGCCAGUUUGGGUCCCAUCUCUAUAUGGAAUGUCAGUCCGCUCUUCAAAGGCAUUGGCUAUGCAAUGGUUGCGGGCUCCUGGUUACUCUCUCUCUACUACAACGUGAUUGUGGCGCAGAGUUUGCUCUACCUUUUCUACAGUUUCAAUAGUGUUCUUCCUUGGACGUACUGCAAUAACGCAUGGAACGACAAUGCUACCUGCAUUGACUUCACACGCAAUCUCACUCAACGCUUCACUAGCGGGAUUGUGUGGUUCAACGAAACCUUAUAA